AUGUCGGGAUUUAAAAAGUUGACGUACCAAAGAGCCACAAUUAAAGGCCAGUUGACUCGUCUGAGCAAUGCUCUUACCGACGAUAUAACGGUAGCGGAAGCUCACGUUCGAAAACAGCAACUUGAAGAAUUACGGCAAAAAUUUGAGGAAAUUCAGGAUGAAAUUACCACACAGCAAUUAUCAAACGUGGAUCAGGUAGGAGCCGGAGGUGCAGAGGAAAGGGAAGAUCAGAUUCAACGAGAGUCAGAGGCAGAAUGUAUGCUUUUUGAGAGCAUGUAUUAUGCGGCAGCAACAAAACUACAGAGUGUUUUCGAUGCUCAGGAACAAAUAGUCGCGCAGGCACAGCAGCCUUAUCCUGACGGAGGAGGAAAUCGACGACUCGAGCAGCAACGGGUCGAUAUCAAACUGCCAGUUCUAACGUUACCAGAAUUCAAGGGUGACUUCAACGAGUGGCUUCUUUUCAAAGACACAUUUCAAUCGAUGAUUCAUGACAACGUAGGCCUCUCGCCGAUACAAAAAUUUCAGUAUUUAAAAAGCGCGCUGAAAGAUGAAGCGCUGCAGGUUAUCGGGGGACUGGAGACUUCGGCACAAAACUAUGCGAACGCUUGGGAAUUAUUGAAAAAUAAUUAUGAGAAUACAAAAUUGCUCGUCAACACGCAUCUCAACAAAUUGCUCGAUUUUCCAGCUGUCACGAAGGAUAGGUCGGCGACAAUAAGGCACCUCAUAGUGCACAUUCGAACACACCUCAAAUCUCUGAAGACGCUUCAACUUCCAGUGGAGCAGUGGGAUGAUUUGUUAAUACACAUGGUAAAAUCCAAACUCGAUUACAAUACUCAAAGGGACUGGGAAGAAGAGGCUAACAGAGAAAGACAAACAAGGAAGACAUUAGAGCAAUUUUUAACGUUUUUAACGGAUAAAUGUCGAACGAUCGAAAUGAUCGAUCGGGGAAAAAACAAAACAGAGACGGCAAGGCCGUCGGCAUCGAAAAAACCAGCAAAUUCAGUAUCGGUAACAACAACACAGCAACAAAACUGUCCAGUUUGCAACAAUGCACAUGGGAUAUUCAAGUGUCCUGACUUUCUGCAAAUGUCAGUCUCAGAUAGAAUUCAAGAAUCAAAAAAGAAGAAAAUUUGUCUUAACUGCUUGGGCAAAGGCCAUUUCACUGCAAAUUGCCAAUCUUCGGGCUGUAAAAAGUGUCAGAAGAAACACAAUACACUUUUGCACCUUGAGAAAAAUGAAAGCACAGCGUCGAGCCAGAAUAACAACGAAUCAUCGAAAGAACCAGUCACAGCGCUGUGCGCAGAAGGAGAACAAUCGAGCCCAGGGAUGGAGUUGCCUGCAGCAGUAAAUGUCGUUCGAAAGCCAAGCAAGCAGAUUAUACUAUCAAUAGCUCGUGUCUUCGUCGAAGACGCAGAUGGUGCGCAGCAGAGUUGUCGUCUUCUUCUCGAUCCAGGAUCGCAAUCAAAUAUUAUCACCGAAGAGUUGGUCAACAAGCUCAAACUUCGAUGCAAACGACGAAACGAGUCCAUCAUGGGAAUCAAUCAGGACCGAUUGGUUAUAGCAAAAACAGUUAAAGUAAAAAUCGCAUCGAUGCAUACUGAUUAUACAACGCAAUUAGAGUGCUUGGUGUUGCCAAGCAUCACUCAGCGAUUGCCUCAGGUAAAAAUAGAUAAAAAGCUUAUACUGCUGCCAGAGGGGUUGCAGCUUGCAGAUCCAUCCUUCCAUGAGCCAGGUACCAUUGAUCUUCUCGUGGGAGCCGGGUUAUUUUGGCAGCUACUGUGCAUGGAUUCGAUCCAACGAGAGGAUGGUCUUCCAAAACUGCAAAAAACUCUUUUAGGUUGGGUCGUAGGAGGGGAGUUGAUCGACGCAGGAUCGAGAGCCUCUACCCAAUUUUGUGGAUUAGUAACAAGCACAGCACUUCAAGCGCAGUUAGAAAGAUUCUGGAACCAAGAGAUUCAAGAAACUCGACGGAUGACAAUAGAAGAAGCCGAGUGUGAGAAGCAAUUUACAGAUUCGUUGCAACGAACUGCAGAGGGAAGGUUUAUUGUACCGCUUCCACAAAGACCGGAUGUUAAGCUGGGAGAAUCGGAGGCACAGGCCAAACGACGACUUUUUGCUCUUGAUAAAAGAUUGAAGACAAACCCAUCGCUUAAAUUGAAAUACGUCCAAUUUAUGAGGGACCUCGAACAACAAGGACACAUGUCUCUCGUACUGAACGGAACGAGUGUGAGGCCAGAAGAAAUAUUCAUUAUGCCACAUCAGCCAGUGAUCCGUCCUGAAAGUAUAACAACUACACUACGUGUUGUCUUCGACGCAUCCGCAAAGACUUCAUUAGAAACGGCGUUAAAUGACAAACUCAUGGCAGGGCCUAAUCUUCAGAAGGACCUGUUUGAAAUACUUCUGAGAUUCAGAACCCACAAGUUCGUAUUAACAGCGGAUAUCGCUGCUAUGUUUCGUCAGAUAUUCGUGCGGGAAGAAGAUCGAGGUCUACAGACAAUUUUAUGGAGGGAAGAGCCAUCGCAACCGAUUCAAAUGUAUCGAAUAAAUACCGUCAUAUACGGUACAGCAUCGGCACCGUAUUUAGCUAUUCGGUGUUUACGUCAACUCGCAUCAGAAGAUAAGAAAUAUCCUCGGGCAGUAAAAGCGAUCGAAGAAGAUUUCUACAUGGAUGAUCUGUUAACCGGCGCGGAAACUAUAGAGGAGACUGUCGCUUUGCAACAACAGAUUUCAAUAAUACUCCAAAGGGGACAGUUUUAA